CGCCCGGCCGCGCGCCACCGCCGCUGCCUAGGAAUUAUGUUGGUAUAAAGCUAGGUUUGUGGUAAGUGGGAACCUGAGGACCAUUCAGCGACAUGGCAUCGACUCCCAAACGUGUUCUGGUGAUUGGAGGGACGGGCGCACAGGGGAUGCAUGUCGUCCCUGCGAUUUUGAAGCCAGGAGAUGAUGGAAUUCCCACACCCUACUCCGUGCGCGUCCUUACGCGCGACCCGAUGAGCCGUCGAGCGCAGGAGCUGACAAGGAGGGGGGUCGAGUGCGUGCAAGGGCGCUUCGAUAAUCCACGAGACGUCGCGGCGGCUAUGGAGGACUGCUACGCUGUCUUCGUGAAUACGGACACGUACACUGUUGGGGCGCGCAGGGAACUCUUCUCUGCCAUCAAGAUUUACGAAGCCGCCAGACGGACGGCGACGAUGCGUCAUCUCAUCUGGAGUGGGCUUGAUUAUGGGCUGAAGCUCGGAAAUUACGCGACGAGAUACAAGACGGAGCACCACGACGCGAAGGGCGCCUUCUACGAAAUCCUUCGCUCUCAACCCUCGAGCGACGAUGUCGAUGGUUUGGCUUGGACAGCCAUCUCGUCCGGUGUAUACAUGGAGAUGCUGAAUUAUCCUCUAUGUGGUCCCCUCACUCGUCGCGCUGACGGCACGUGCGUCUUCGCCUCGCCCAUUGGCGACGGUCGUAUGCCGAUGAUUGCGCUCGACGACCUCGGCUGGUGGGCGCGGUAUGUCCUCGACAAUCGUGCCACGACCUCCGGUGCCGAGCUGCGCAUUGCGAGCGCCAUAAUUGGGUGGGACGAUCUCGUCGAGACGUUCAGCCGCGUCACGGGGCAGCCUGCUGUGCACGUCCGACUUAGUAUCGAGGAGUGGCUGGCGUGCUUUUUUGGAAAGGAGAGGCCGAUAGCGAAUGAGGAGAGGUCGGCAGCGAAUGCGGAAAAUCCAACGACGACAACUAUCGCGGAGAGCUUUUCAGGGUUCUGGAGCCUUUGGCGGGACGGGCUGGUGAAGCGGGACAUGGAGUGGGUAAGGAGCGUGCAUCCGGGGACGAAAAGUCUAGAGAUGUGGAUGCGGGAGACGGGGUAUUCGGGGAAAAUUGGUUCGACCGCGCUGAAGAAUGCGGAAGAUGGGAAGGCGAGGCUGAUUCCCAACGCAGGAGUUACGGCCGCGCUAUAGCCAGUUAUGUAUCAUCGUUCCUUGCAGCUGCUGCUAUACGGAGUCCCGCUCUCUUCGCUAGCUCGAUGUUGUCAAAGUUGGCGUGCUCCCCGCGGAUGGCGAUCUCCCAGCACCUGACUUUGUCCUCGUAUACGGCCGCGCGUGCCGGAUCCUCGAGCGCGGUGUAGGCGACAAUAAGAAAGAGGGCGUUUUCGACGUAUUGGCCCAACAUCUGCAGACCUUCGAGCUCUAUCAGCCAUACUUGCUCACCGCUGAUGGCGACAAUCUCUUCGGGCGGCGUGCGCAAGUCUACAGGUCGCGCGGACCCGAUCCUGGCGCGAUGUGCAUCGGAGAUAUCUGACAUCGCACAUGCAGGGCAGGCGCAGCGGAAGCCAUAGUCCUGCAAUGAAUUCUGACGCCUUGUGGCAGCUUGCAGAAGUGUUUCGCUGUACGAGAUGAAGAUCUCUUCGCCUUUGGAUAUGUGCCGGA